CCAAAACCCACAUCCUCAAACACUUGUACGUUUAACUCUAAGCUACGAAAGCAAACCAGCAGGGUUUUGAGAAGAUCAGCAUGGCAUCAAAAAGAUCAGCUUACAUUGCCCUCUUUUUGGCACUCAACAUCCUCUUCUUUUCCCUUGGCAAUGCUUGCAACUCCUGCCCUUCCACCAACCCUAACCCGACCCCGACCCCCACUCCAUCUGCACUAGGCAGAUGCCCCAGAGAUGCCCUUAAGUUAGGUGUGUGCGCGAAUGUGCUUAACUUGAUCAAUGUCACCGUCGGUUCACCCCCGGUGCAGCCGUGUUGUGCCCUUCUCCAAGGCCUCGUUGACCUCGAAGCUGCCGUCUGCCUUUGCACCGCCAUCAGAGCUAACAUCCUAGGCAUCAACCUUAAUAUCCCAAUCUCCCUUAGCUUGCUUCUCAACGUUUGCUCAAGGAAUGUUCCUACUGGCUUCCAAUGCUAAAUCCCCACUCUGUCACUAUCUUCAUCUUUGUCAUGGUUUCCACUAUGUUUUCGUUUGUAAGUUUGUUGUUUUCAUUUCCGAUUGAUACUGAAUAAGUCUAAAUACUCUUCUUCAAGUUCUUUCCUUGGAGCUUUCUGAAUCUCUAAGGGACAUGAAAAGACUUGUAUUUAUCA